AUGGUACGCUCCCAAGACCGCCAAGACCGCGCCGCUGAGACACUCAACGAGGCCGACUUUCGUGCCUCCACUGCCGAGUUAUUUCAGCGGGAGGAACGUCGCAAGGCAAAGGUCGCUCAAAUCGUCGUACCCAGCCGCAGAGACGACAAUGACGAAGGGGACAACUCCGGCGUGGGAACUUUGCCGUCCGUCUUUGACUUCUGCUUACAAGCUGAAGGGCCCGAUGGGGUGCUCAAGCUCACCAACUUUGCGCCAGAGGAGUUCGAUCAUGUUUGGGCAGCUGUGUACCCUCAUUUGCAGGGGAAAUGGAACGUGGGCCGCGGUAAAAAAUGCCGCUACGCUGCGCGCGACGUUUUCUUUAUGACGCUGAGUUCACUCAAACAUCUUGGUAAAUGGGACACCGUUGCUCGAGUUUUUAGAAUCCCGCCAUCCACCUUUCAGAAAAUGAUCCGCAAGUUUAUGGAUAUACUGUCUCCUAUUCUCUACGAAAUCAUGCUAACAAACCCAGCGGUAACAUGA